CGAAUGAUAAGCGUUCACGUUUGCCUAGACGGCAAAGAUAUAAAUACUGCUACUGCAGCAGACCGACGGUUGCAGUUGCAUUUACAAAGUAGCAUCGUUCAGUGCGUUUUGCUCGAGUGAUAUUUGAAUUGAAAAGCAUUUGUAGGGAAUGUUUUUACUUUCAAAGAUAUUGAAAAUGCUGUGCUCAAGAUCAUCUACAUUGUACGCAGUGUUUGCGUUUAUUUUCGUAUCGGUGUUGCAUGACGCCAUGGCAUUGCAAUGUCGCAACUGUCUAAGCUCAAAAAGCUUCGCAGAGUGUGAAAAGAUGGGAGAAGUAGUCGUAUGUAAUUCCACGAUUGUUAAUCAAAACCACCAAGCCUUCCUGCCAGAUAAUCCGACUUUGCCACAAGGCAAUUGGACUGAAUUUAAAUGCUACCAAUUGCAAGUCGCUCGGUUGCACCAAAACAACACUGACAGCGGAUUGCGCGGAUACGCUCGGGGAUGUACUUUUCUGCACGUAAACUUUUGCAACGGUUGGACCAGCACCCUAAACCUUACCAGCUGCUCAACGUGCACGUCGGACAACUGUGAGCAACACCUUCCUACGGUAGCACCCGAGCUCACAACAACAACUACUACGAAAAAACCAUCUUCUAGUGGAGCAAAUGUAUUAACGUGGCGAAACCUCUCCAGUUUAGGCUGUCUGAGCGCCGCGGUUCUUCUUCUAGCAGCACGAUAACUUUAAUAAACAUAUAAAUAGCAAACAAGGGUAAACUAGUAA